GCUAACGCAGAGGCGGGACCACGAUGGCUGCCGGGGAACCGGGAGAUUUGGGAGGCUACUACUUCAGAUUCCUGCCUCAGAAAACCUUCCAGUCUCUGAGCGUGCAGGAGACCACCAGCCGACUCCGCCAGUGGUGAGGGGCGAGGGGCAAGGAGAGAAGCGCCCCUUGGCCUUCGCAGUGAUGGAGGCGCGAGGCCGGGCGCGGGCCUGAGCGUCCAGGUCCAUGCUGGGCAGAAUCAAGGCGCAGGCAUUUGGGUUUGACCAGACCUUUCAGACUUACCGGAAGGAAGAAUUCGUUAUGGCUUUUUUCAAAGACCCAAAUGUUAUUUCCAAUUUGAAGUUACUUUCAGAUUCUUCUGGACAGUGGAUUACAUUAGGAACUGAAGUGAAAAAAAUAGAAGUAAUAAACGUUCCUUGCACACAGCUUUCAAUGUCAUUUUUUGAUCGUUUAUAUGAUGAAGAUAUUGUACGAGACAAUGGACAUAUUGUUAAGUGUUUAGAUUCUUUUUGUGAUCCCUUUCUCAUUUCUGAUGAGUUACGAAAAGUUCUGCUAGAGGAAGACUCAGAGAAAUACGAAGUGUUCAGCCAACCAGAUAGAGAUGAAUUCCUGUUUUGUCUUUUUAAACAUCUUUGCCUUGGUGGAGCCCUCUGUCAGUAUGAAGAUGAGCUUAAUCCAUAUCUGGAAACUACAAAGCUUCUCUAUAAGGAUCUGGUGAGUGUCCGAAAGCAUCCUCAAACCAAGAAAAUACAAAUUAUCUCUUCUGUCUUUAAAGUAACAGCAUAUGAUUCUGCUGGUAUGUGCUACCCUUCAACAAAGAGUCAUGAACAAACAUUUUCAUACUUUAUUGUGGAUCCUAUCAAGCGUCAUGUUCAUGUUUUAUACCAUUGUUAUGGUGUGGGGGAAAUGCCUUAACAGUGCUCUUUCAGAUUAUCCCUAUAUACAAUUCUUUUUGAUAUUUAUCAAUUUUUUAAUUCAACACUAAUUUAUUGGUAAACAUUUUCUUUGCAAGUUGUUACCUAUACAACGUGCUUGCUUAGAGCAGGAGAAAGCAAACAUGAAGAUGCCUUUCUUUAAAUUUGCCUGGAAUACUAACUCAGGAACCAACUCCAUCUUUAAUAUAAUCAAUACCAUUAUCAGUUGUGAAGUUUUUACAGAAAAUUAAAAGUUACUAAAAAUCUAAUUCAUAUUUAUUACAUUGAAAUUCAAGCAAUCCCUCAAUUUCCCAUGUAUUUUAUUUUAUAAGCUAAUUAAUUCUGGAUUGAAAUUUCAGCAGAAGACUGAUCAUUAAUAUGAACUGUUAGUUUUUUUAACUUGCAUUUCAUUUAAUAACGUUUCUUCAUUGCAUAAGGAUUUAUAUCUGUAGAGCUGUGAAAAG